AUGACUUCCUCUGGCCAGAAUCAAAGUGAAAUAAAUUCCGAAGGAGCUGCUACAAAUGGGAGAACUGUGGAAAGGGACUGGCGCUGCACCUAUCCAAAUGAGAGAAGGGAGAGGAAUCAGAUCUACAUUCUUCUGGGCAUCAGUAACAGCGCAAAUGAGCAAGAGAAGUCCUUGGAAUGUGUUAAUGGAACAGGAUGGGAGGAAGCAGUACAAGGCUGGAGCAAAACAGCCCCAUUUGCUUAUCUUCAGUUACAAAAAAGAGCUAGAAAAACAAGGACGAGUGAGUCUGUCCAUGGCUGCCUGCAUUGCUUGGAUCUGGUUCAAGUUAUUGACAAAGGUUUGGAGCAAGACCCCAAGUUAAAUGUAGGCGUCACCGCAGACAGCAUUCCAGAAAAGCAAACCCUGCUCUAUGCUAACCCAACUCUGAGCUCUUACCCUGCACUAGAUGAUUCGAAAAAAGACAACUGUAACGGUAAAUUAUACCCUACCCAGACAUACCAAGGGGAAAAGAAAAGAUUGUCCUUAAAGGAAGCUCAAGCUCCUUUAAGCGAAAAGAAGACUAUUCUAAUGAAGGAGAGUCAGCUGUUCCAAGCAGAAAAGAAAGCAGUGCCAAUAAGAGAGUAUAGCAUACUACCUCUUGGAAAGCCAAAAAGUGUAGAAACCUUAAAAUGCAAAGAUACAAAGAGCCAUGAACCUAUAACAGGAAGUCUGGGAGACUCCGAAGCAACUACUGUUAAAUCAUCAAUGGUAUUGCCACCUCUGAAGGACACAGUUCUCAAAUACAGCCUGGACCCUACACAAAAGAAAAGUAAGCCCGUUAUUUUCCAGGCAAAUGAAAAAGCAUCCCGUGCUCUUUCGGAGACAAUUUCCUGCGCUCAGCUUUUUAAAACCAAAGAAGCCAAACAUGAGAAAGGAAUACCCCUAACAGGUGAUGCAUUGAAGGAGCCAAUAAAAAUUCACGAGAGAUCCUCUUUUGCCCCACAGUUUCCUAAGACUUCAUGUAUCUCAGGAACCAUGGACCAGUGUUACUGGCGCUGUUGUCUUUUACCUGAUAGAAAAAUUACACCCAUAUCUAAUUCAAUUGCCUUGAGAAGAAAGAGUCAUCUCUCCGGCAAGCAUUUUCUGCAUACAAAAGGAGCCCGUGACAGCAAAUCCGAUGAGAAUUGGGACCCUCGCGCCCGAAGCAUGAGUCACACUGGACCCAAACAAGGAAAUGAGUCAAAAACACAGGAGAUUCCACUGCUUUCGGGACUGUUCCCUUCCUUAACGGUCAGCCAUGUUGCAAUAACUGCAUUGCCAUCUCAGCUGACCUGACUAUUUUAUUGUAAUUUUCAUGCUGAGCUGUUUAUUGACUUGUUUGAAACUCUUUGUAUUAUGAAAGAAAAUACUGAAGGUUUGUCGUAAACCAGACUGGGUAUUUAUUAAUCACAUAGGUGCUAUUUUGUGAAGA